GCUUGUGUCUAUAAUUGACAAAACCUUGUGUGGUGCCUGUAAUACAGAAGCUGUUUACCGUUAACAUACGGUCGAUGCUUAUAAAAUAACAAUUUUCAACACAUUUUGAUGGAUGAAAUCCAAGGAGUUUUUUUGCGCUCAAUUUAAAAUGGCGAGUCGAAGAUCAACGAAACGAUCAAAGAAAGUCGAUAAUUUUCGUUCAAAAUCCAAAAGUCGUAAGAAGCCACCGUGGGAUAGUACCAUAUCAGAUUUGUUAGUUCAUAAACCUACAAAAGAAGAACUGCAAAAAAGACAUGAAUUACAUCAACCCAUAUUAAGAUGUUCAAACUCACCAAUGGAUAAAGUUCCCAAUAAAUCACUUGGAAAUGGUGAAGAAAUAUUUAAAACACCUGAUAACAAAAGAAACAUUUGGUUUUUGGAAAAUGCCAGAAAGGCACAACCUUCCGUUUUGAAGGAGAUCAUGAAUUCCAACAAGAAGUUGCAAGAAACUUUAACGUACAGUGAUAAAAAGCUUUCGUCAGUUCCAGAUAUAUUUGGUGAUGAUCCCAAGAAAUUUAAAGGUUUUCCCAAUAUAACUCUUGCUCCUCAAAGAAAUAAACAUGAAGUUGUUCAAAAUCUUGCAUUCACCAGUCAUCCAUCAGUUGGAGCUUCCACCUUAGAUGUUUUGAGUGAAAGUGUCAUGGAUAAUAUAGCAUUGAAUGAUUGGUCUAUGAUUCAACAAGGGAAAGAUGUGGAAACAUUCCAACGAAGACAGUCUCAAGAAAAAGAAGAACUGUCAGAAACGUACAGUUGUGGUGAGUCUUAUGAGAAAUGCAACACAAGCCGAGUAAAUCCUGGGAAAGACGAAGUUUGUGAUAAACGUAAUAUAGUCAAUGAACUAGAAGACGAAAUGGAACGGUUCAUGUUAAAAAUUGACCAAGAACCAACAUCAUUUAUUUCUAAAGCAAGUAUUGAUGAUGAUAUGAAAGAUUUUGCAACAUUCAUUUUAAAAUCGUUUGUAAAGAUUACGGAAUACUUAAGUAAGUGUGAAUCUGAGGAACAAAAGAACAAAAAAUUCAAAGAGGAAAUUUUAUUUACAGUUCAACAGCAACAAGUAUUCAUAGACACACUCACUGAUGAAAUGAUUUUUUUGCAAAGUGAAAAUGAAAAACUAAAGAAUGAAAUAGAAAAUGUGAAGAAUGUAUCAACAAAAGCUAUCAACGUAGACGAAUUAUCAAUAAAAGAAUCAAGCCAUAAUAGCAAUUAUACUCCUGAAAUAUCGAAGUCAAUGGAUGAUGGUGGCUCAUUGAACAAUGAACAAAAUUACCAUUCAGUUGCACCAAUUAUAACCAUGCCUAUAGCUUGUGGCACAAAAGCUGUCGAUGUAACCCAGGCAUUAGAUCAUAGUACCACACCUGUUAAUGUAACAAAGACAUUAGAUCAUGGUACUACACCUGUUGAUGUAACAAAGUCGUUAGAUCGUGAUACUACAACUGUUGAUGUUAAUAAUUUUUCUCGUCACUUCCCUCAAUCGAAUGUAAAAAGUAUGACAAAUGGCAUAUUUUCAAAUAAUGUUGAAGAACAAGAUAAUGAGAUACCUUGUCGUCUGCAUCAAAUUGGUGCAAACGCCGGUAAUGAGAAUAUCCAUGCGAACAUAUUCAGCCACUGGACAUAUGAGGACAAGGGAAUGUCUUGGGAUAACCAAAGGACAUGUGAGGAUAAAACGACGUUUUCGGAUAAAAAAUCGACAUGUGAGGAUAAAACAACGUCUCGGGAUAACCAAAGGAGAUGUGAGGAUAAAACAACGUCUCGGGAUAACCAAAGGACAUGUGAGGAUAAAACAACGUCUCGGGAUAACCAAAGGACAUGUGAGGAUAAAACAACGUCUCGGGAUAAACGAAGGACAUGUGGGAAUAAGGAAAUGUCUCGAGAAAAUAUUAUAACAUCACCUCUAUUUUAUAAUUACGCCAAUCCAAUCAGUGCGAAUAAACUCGAUACCAAAAAUACAUCAAUCACAGUUAAUGAUAAAGGAUUUCAACAACCGUGUGUUUUUAUUGGUCGAAAUCAAACAAACGCUAUUGGUCGCUUUGAUAAUGCAGACAAAGAGAGUGCCCAGUCAUCGCAAACUUCGCCAUUUUUACCGUAUACUGAUGAGAUGUCUACUUGUCAAAGAUUUCAUCAACCAAAGCAUGUCUCGAUGUGGCAUGACCAACGAAGUUGCACCAAAACAACAGAUAUAUCUCGUAAAUCUUUGCUGAGUAAUAAAUCUGGUAAUGGUUGGUUUGCUCUUUCUUCUCAUGUCAACUGCAAAUGAAGAAAUGGGUCCGUGGUUAUUCUGGAGUGAGAAGAAAUAACUGCGCAUGCGUAUAAUUGUGUUUCAAACGCGUUGCUAGGCAACAGCUAAGCUAAGUUUAUGUCUUACUAUAAAAAUUUUUCAUUGUUGUCCUUCACGUACAGUCUUCAUUGUUGAAAAAAAGAAAAUAUUGAAAUAUGAGGUAGCAACAGGCAGCGAACAUGUAUAAAAUUUUUAGAUUUUAAGUCCUCCAA